AUCGGGGGAGGGGGCUCCCUGCUUGGUAUAGGCACUGAUAUAGGUGGCAGUAUCCGUAUUCCUGCAUCCUUCUGUGGAAUCUGUGGUUUCAAACCAACUGCAGGUCGGCUCAGUUUACAGGGAGUUCGUCCAAUUUAUCGAGGGCAAAAGACAGUGUCGUCAUCUGCUGGACCCAUGGCAAGAGAUGUGGACAGCCUGGCUCUGUGCAUGCAGGCACUUCUUUGUGACCACAUGUUUUCUUUGGACCCACCAUUACCUUUUAAUAUGGAGAUAUACAGAAGCUCCACACCUCUAAGGAUUGGUUAUUUGGAAAAUGAUGGCUACACGCAUCCAUCUCCAAGCAUGGCCCGAGGCGUCAGAGAGGUCAAAGCUCUGCUAGAGCAG